AUGCCGCACGGAAGAAAUCUCUGGGAUUUCGCAGUGGAUUGUGAUCGUACAGCUGCCACCGUGGACCAGGUCGUCAUCUCACAUCACCCUGAUCCGGUCGAGGAAGACGAUGGCCUGGAAACGCGCGUGCCAACCACGCGGCCGUCCCCGCGGCAAGCGCGGACGGAGAACUUGCUGCGGACGGCCCGUGAGCACUUGGACAUUUUGUGCACCACUUUGGAGGAGUGUUCGGAUUUCUGGUUGAUGCUACACGAGGCUGAGCUUCGAAUCAAGAAGCUUGAGAAAGAAGCGGUGAAUUUGUUCUCAGACGAUUUCCAGCUGAGCUCCAUCGGCGGCUCCAAACGAUUAGAAAUCUUCCGGGAAGCCCUGCGAUGCUACUGUCAGGACUUAAGUGUUCUUCGGGAUGACUGGCCGAGGUACAAUGCCAGCGAGGAGGAGUGCAAGAAGCAGCAUGCUGCUGCCAAGGUCGAGCUCCGGAAUGUCGCUCAGAAGGUUCUUUUGGGAACAUCGGAUCCAAGCGAAACAACCAACCAGUCGCUUGUGGUGGGCGGAAUGUGUAGAAUCCAUUGCGUGGCCACUCAAGACCUCAUGCAGAAGGUCACCACAGUGACGGAGCAGUGGAUCAAGUCUCUUGGUGUGCAGAACGUGGAGUGGGGGCAGAGACCGCUUCAUUGCCUCAAGGAAAGGUGGCCCACGUGCAGCCGCGACAUCGUGGGCUUUCAUGGUAGCGGAGCCCGACGACCCCUGACCCUGGGCGAGGGCAGACGCUUGGAGCCAUGGAAGGGGGACAAGGACCAGGGCAUGAUCCCCAAGGAGCGCAAGGGCCAAUGCGAUGUUGGCCAGGCGUUCAAAGACAAGAUGAGUGAAAAGAAAGAUAGGUUUGGAGAUGCCGGUAUAAUCCCACCGCCUGAAGUCUUCACUCCAAGCAACCAAGAGGAAGAAGUACUGCAGUGGCAAGAUUGGAGACUUAGCUUCAGAUCAUGGCUGUUCUUCGCUCAGGAAGAGUACCAGAAGGACCUUGACAAAGCUGAACGAGCUGAAAAGCCGUUGUACUUCAUCGACCUCUCGUUGGAGGGGCAUGAAGGGUCGGAGAAGCUCUUCAGCAUACCCACAGGUGUCUUAUGCAACAGACCUCUGAAGAUUCUUCGGUCGGUGGAAGAUGGAAAUGGAUUCCUGCAGGCCUACCUGAGCCAUCCGGUCUUUGGGAAAGAUCGAUCCAUUCUUCAACAAGUUCUUGGAUUAGAGAGGCUGGCUGAAGAAUACAAGACCUGGGAGUGA